AACAGAAUGAACAAGAUCGUCUGUGUGCUGGUGGUUGCGUUGAUCGCGUCCGUUGCUGCGGAGAAAGAUGCGGUCGUACUCCGGCAGGAUGUCGAAAUCAAUCCGGAUGGUUCAUAUCAGUACGCUUACGAAACCUCGAACGGCAUCCAGGCUGAGCAGCAGGGAACGUUGAAGGAUGUCGGUGACGAGAAGGCACAGGUUGUACAAGGACAGUACGCCUACUCCAAUCCGGACGGUAGUCGCGUCAGCCUGCAGUACAUUGCGGAUGAGAACGGAUACCAGCCGCAGGGAGAUCAUCUGCCGACGCCCCCGCCAAUCCCGGCAGCCAUUGAGCGCGCCCUGCGACUGCUGGCGAACCUUAGCCGGAACCAGAAAUAG